UUCCGUGUGUCUGCUCCUACAGUUGACAUUCGAGAGAUCAAAGAGAUCCGUCCUGGUCAGAAGUCCCGGGACUUUGAGCGCUAUGUCGAGGACUCAGCAGUACGACUUGACAACUUCUGCUUCGUUAUUCUCUAUGGCACGGAGUUUCGCCUUAAAUCCCUCAGCUUGGCAGCAACAUCUGAUGAGGAGAUGUCUAUGUGGGUGAAGGGGUUAAAGUGGCUCAGGGACGAUACAUUGAAAUCACCAACACCAUUACAAAUAGAAAGGUGGUUACGCAAGCAGUUCUAUGCUGCUGAUCGCAACAGAGAGGACAGGAUAUCCUAUAAGGAUCUGAAGAACAUGCUGAGCCAGGUCAACUACAAGGUGCCAAACAUGAGGUUCAUUAAAGACAAACUUCCGGACUCUGAAACCAGGAAUGGAGACGUGACCUUCAGCCAGUUCGCCCAGCUUUAUCGUAACCUCAUGUUCGAUGCGCAGAAAAACGUGGAGAUCCCUUUUAUGCAAAGGUUCAUGGGUAACAUAGUUGAUGAAAGGAUCACCCUGGAGGAUUUCCAGAGCUUCCUCGUAGAAUGCCAGAAGGAACUGUGGGCCUCGGACAACAACAAGGUUCAAGAGUUUAUGUUCAGCUACCUGAAAGACCCCCUAAGGGAAGUGGAGGAUCCAUAUUUCCAUCCAGAGGAGUUCCUCACGUACCUCUUCUCCAAAGAGAACACCAUCUGGGAUUCCUCCCUGGACAUGGUGUGUGCCGAAAACAUGAACAACCCCUUGUCCCACUACUGGAUCUCCUCUUCGCACAACACCUACCUGACGGGAGACCAGUUUGCCAGCGAGUCGUCGUUGGAGGCGUACGCCCGCUGUUUGAGAAUGGGAUGUCGCUGCAUUGAAUUGGAUUGCUGGGACGGUCCCGACUCGAUGCCGGUUAUUUAUCACGGACACACCCUCACGACGAAAAUCAAGUUCAACGAUGUUCUGAACACCAUCAAAGACCACGCUUUUGUCACAUCCGAGUAUCCCAUCAUCCUGUCCAUCGAGGAUCACUGUAGCAUUGUUCAGCAGAGGAAUAUGGCCACCCAGUUCAAGAAAGUGUUUGGAGACAUGCUGCUGACCAAAGCAGUAGAUAUGGCUGCAGACGGCCUGCCUUCACCCAACCAGCUCAAAAAGAAGAUUCUCAUUAAGCAUAAGAAGCUGGCAGAGGGCAGCGCCUACGAGGAGGUGCCGACAGCCACACCUUAUUCUGAGAAUGAUAUCAGCAACUCCAUCAAAAACGGCAUCCUUUACCUGGAAGAUCCCAUUAACCAUGAGUGGUACCCUCAUUUCUUUGUCCUGACUCACAAUAAGAUCUACUAUUCAGAGGAGACCACCAAUAACCUGGGUAAUGAUGAGGAUGAGGAGCUCAAAGAGGUGCUCAAUACUAUGGACCAGCAUGUGACGGAGAAAUGGUUUCACGGAAAGCUUGGCGCUGGGCGGGACGGUCGGCAGAUCGCCGAGAGGCUCCUGUCAGAUUACUGCCAAGAGACCGGAGCUCCUGACGGCUCCUUCCUGGUCCGGGAGAGCGAAACCUUUGUAGGAGACUACACACUGUCGUUCUGGCGGUUGGGGCGCGUGCAGCACUGCCGGAUCCACUCUCGCCAGGAAGCUGGCAGCCCCAAGUUCUACCUGACGGAUAACCUGGUGUUCGACUCGCUCUUCGCUCUGAUCACCCACUACCAGCAUGUGGCGCUACGCUGCAAUGAGUUUGAGAUGAAGCUGACCGAGCCAGUGCCUCAGACCAACGCUCACGAGAGCAAGGAAUGGUACCAUGCCAACCUUUCCAGGAGCCAGGCAGAGAACAUGCUGAUGAGAGUUCCUCGUGAUGGGGCUUUCCUAGUCAGGAAAAGGACAGAGCCCAACUCUUUUGCCAUUUCAUUCAGGGCCGAGGGUAAAAUCAAGCACUGCCGAGUGCUGCAGGAAGGUCAGGUUGUGUUGCUGGGCACCUCAGAGUUCGACAGCCUCGUCGAUCUCAUCAGUUAUUAUGAAAAGCACCCCCUGUAUCGGAAAAUGAAGCUACGCUAUCCCAUCAACGACGACACACUGGAGAAGAUAGGCACUGCUGAGCCAGACUACGGGUCGCUGUAUGAGGGCAGGAAUCCGGGCUUUUACGUGGAGGCCAAUCAAAUGCCAACUUUGAAGUGCACAGUCAAAGCCAUGUACGAGUACAAAGCUCAGAGAGACGACGAGCUCUCCUUCUCCAAGAACGCCGUCAUCACCAACGUAGACAAACAGGAAGGUGGAUGGUGGAAAGGUGACUGUGGGGGGAAGAAGCAGAUGUGGUUCCCUGCAAACUACGUUGAGGAGAUCAGCCAAGCGGCAGCGGAGCCAGACAGAACUGAGAUGACAGAAAACAGCCCUCUCGGAGAUCUGCUGAGAGGAAGUGUGGAUGUAACUUCCUGCCAGAUUAUCACCCGCACUGAAGGGAAGGGCAGCAGACCGUUUGUCUUCUCUCUGGUUCAGAAUAACACGGUGCAGGCCACUUUGCUGGACGUGGCUGCCAACAGCUUAGAGGAACUUCAAGACUGGAAGACGAAAAUCCAGGAAGUGGCUGCGACUUCUGAGGCCAAGCUGGAAGAGGGCAAGAUAAUGGAGAGGAGGAAGAAGAUUGCGUUGGAGCUAUCAGACCUGGUCAUCUACUGCAGGCCGGUGCCGUUUGAUGAAGAAAAGAUCGGCACGGAGCGGGCCUGUUUCCAGGACAUGUCGUCCUUUCCCGAGACCAAAGCGGAGAAGUAUGUCAACAAAACCAAGGGGAAGAAGUUCCUGCAGUACAACCGGCUGCAGCUGUCCAGAAUCUACCCCAGAGGCCAGCGGCUCGACUCCUCCAACUACGACCCGUUCCCCAUGUGGCUCUGCGGCUCUCAGUUGGUCGCGCUCAACUUUCAGACUGCUGACAAGCCGAUGCAGAUGAACCAGGCGCUGUUCAUGCUGAAUGGAAGGAGUGGCUACGUCCUCCAGCCUCCCAUCAUGAGAGACGACUCCUUUGAUCCCUUCGACAAAAACACACUACGCGGCGUAGACCAAGUCUCAAUGAAAAUAGAGGUUUUGGGCGCUCGGCACCUCCCGAAGCACGGCAGAGGCAUCGUCUCUCCUCUCAUCGAGAUCGAGGUGUGUGGGGCGGACUACGACAACGACAAGCAGAAAACGGAAUCCGCAGCUGACAACGGCCUGAACCCGACCUGGCCCAGGAAGUCCUUCUCCUUCACCGUCUGCAACUCCGCCUUUGCUUUCCUGCGCUUCGGGGUUUAUGAAAUCGACAUGUUCAAUGACCAAAACUUUCUGGCUCAGGCGACGUUCCCCAUUCAGAGCCUCAAGACAGGCUACAGGUCGGUACCGCUGAAGAACAGCUACAGUGAAGAUCUGGAGUUGGCUUCUCUGUUGGUCCACAUGGAAAUCACCAGAGGCAGGGAUGAGAACGGGGAAGUCCUGAGCCCGUUCUCCGCGGCGGGGAGCGCGUCGGCGCCGGCAUCGGCGGCACAGGUGGGACGAGAGCUGGGCUCCGUGUCCUCGACGUCGUCCACCACGUCCCCACUGCCCCAGUCGCCGGCUCAGGCCAUGUCCUACAGAGGGAGGGAGGGCUCGUUCGAAUCCCGCUACCAGUCACCCAUCGACGACUUCAGGGUGUCCCAGGAGGCGCUGCUGGACCAGAUGGACCCUCAGAACCGAAGGAUGCUGCGGAGGACCAGUCGCCUCUCCCCGUACUGAUGAUGUCACUGACUGCUGUGUGAUUGCUGUUUCCAUGGAAACGCCCACCACCGCUUUGGCCUACAUUUCAGGCAGCUCUCCCUCCUUCGAUUCCUCCUACAAACCCCCCCUACCCCCCACCCUCCUCCUCCACUCCCCACAUCUCCGCCUCUGUGUCCCACUGAGGAGGAGGGAAAGGACGCUGCGGGGUGGAGGGGUGCUUGACAGGAAGCAGACGGCGGCAGGCAGGAAGAAGAAACUGGAAGGCUGGAGGAGUCCUGGACUGUGAUUUCCAGUGUUGUUGUUGUCGUCGUCGUCGUGACAACAGCUGCUGAGUUUGGAGACCAAGUGGAAGAAAAGGGAUAGAGCUGGUUCCGGUUUCGGUUCCUCCUCUCUCUGCUGCUUGGGCAGAUAUUUAUUCCUGCUGCGCCGUCGGCCGGAGAGCAGCAGCAGCAGCAGCAGCCGGCCUGCUCUCAAAGAGCUCCUGUCUCCAUGUUUUUAAAUAUUCCGCUUAUUUAAACCUUUAAACAUUCAUAAUGUGACUUCAUGUCGGCGUGAACCAUGAGGGCUUUCUACGGCUACGUUUUAACCUCGCUCUGCUUCGUGACAGACAUUUUACGUGCCUCCGCUCUGACGCUGACUUACGACCUGGACUGAAAUCUCAGAGGCGUUUCUGUUUUUAUUGUUAUUAUUAAAGGCGGGAGGAAGAGGAAGAGGCCGUGGCCUGUCUUUUGGGUUCCAAGGAGCAUCUCGUUUCUCACUUACAUUCCAGCAAAAACAAAAGCUGCACAUCAUUCCAUCGUCUUGCUUUGCUAACCGGCUCCACUGACCCUUCUGGCACCUCGGCCGUGUGGUGAUGGAGGUCAGGCCUGGACUCUGAUGGUGACUGAUUGUUGUUUCUUUUUGGUUUUUCUGUUUGCACCCGCUACCAUCACGUUCUUAUCCUCAUCAGUGUCUUAAAACACGCAACUUGGUAAACGAUACAUGUUUAAGAUGUUCAAAAUUCAUCUGAGGAAUGUCAGAGAACAGGAAUAACCUGGUUCCAUAAACACACCGUUCAGCUUUUUAGUUUUGAGGAAGCUUGUCGCACAUUUGGCCUCUACUUUUCAAAAUGGCCUCCAAACUUAUCAUCCCUCAGGUUGAGCCAAAACUUUUAUUUCUGGUGAAGAGAUUCUUUUGUCUCUUGCCUGAUUUAGUGGAAACUUAAAUCGACUUGAUUUCCAGCAGA